UAAGGAAGUCGGAUCAGGCUGGGGGAAGGGUAACGUUUCGGAAAUCCCCGAAUAAACUCUCUUAUACUCCAAAUAAUCUAUUUCUUUCUCACUAUAAAAUAACAAAGAUUUAUAUAAUUCAAAUGGAAAAAACUGGAGCAGUGGCUCAUAUUGUAAAUCCUAUAUUUACAGUAGGUCCGUGCGGCUACCAAAAGUUACAACAAAGAACUCCAUUGGCUCUCCAAUAUCCAGCUGUGUCUCCAUGAAGCAUGAGUGCAUCUAUGGAUCCUCCUGCAUUCAAUGAUGAAGACCCAUCACCUAGACAAAGUCAAUCCCAGAUAAAGAGACCAGACUCACCAUUAUCAAGCUGCGUCUCUAUGAAGAGUGAGUCAUCUAUGGAUCCUCCUGUUAUAUACACAGAUGAAGAGUCUUUAUCUGGACCCAGUGUAACACAGAUACAAAGGCCAGACUCACCGUCACCCAGCGGUGUUUCCAUGAAGAGUGAUGUAUCUAUGGAUUUUCCUCUUUCAUUCAAACCUGGAGAGCCUUCAUCUGGACACAGUGUAACACAGACAAAAAGGCCAGACUCACCAUCACCCAGCGGUGUUUCCAUGAAGAGUGAUGUAUCUAUGGAUUUUCCUCUUUCAUUCAAACCUGGAGAGCCUUCAUCUGGACACAGUGUAACACAGAUACAAAGGCCAGACUCACCGUCACCCAGCGGUGUUUCCAUGAAGAGUGAUGUAUCUAUGGAUUUUCCUCUUUCAUUCAAACCUGGAGAGCCUUCAUCUGGACACAGUGUAACACAGAUACAAAGGCCAGACUCACCGUCACCCAGCGGUGUUUCCAUGAAGAGUGAUGUAUCUAUGGAUUUUCCUCUUUCAUUCAAACCUGGAGAGCCUUCAUCUGGACACAGUGUAACACAGACAAAAAGGCCAGACUCACCAUCACCCAGCGGUGUUUCCAUGAAGAGUGAUGUAUCUAUGGAUUUUCCUCUUUCAUUCAAACCUGGAGAGCCUUCAUCUGGACACAGUGUAACACAGAUACAAAGGCCAGACUCACCGUCACCCAGCGGUGUUUCCAUGAAGAGUGAUGUAUCUAUGGAUUUUCCUCUUUCAUUCAAACCUGGAGAGCCUUCAUCUGGACACAGGUGUGAAUCUUCAUCUUCUGUAACUGCAGUUCAGGAGAAAUGCAAAUUAAACCUUAAGAGGUUUCAGCACUUGAAUGAGGUGAUAACAGACCAGGGAAACCCAACACUUCUCAGUGAGAUCUACACAGAUCUCUACAUCACAGAAGGAGACAGUGGAAAAGUCAAUAGUGAACAUGAGGUGAGACAGAUCGAAGCAGUAUCGAGGAGAGCAGAAACAGAGGAGACACUGAUCAACUGUAGUGAGAUCUUUAAGCCCUUAUCUGAAGAAGACAAACCCAUCAGGAUCGUUCUGACAAAGGGAGUCGCUGGCAUUGGAAAAACAGUCUCUGUGCAGAAAUUCAUUCUAGACUGGGCUGAAGGGAAAACAAAUCAGGAUGUUCUGCUUAUAUUUCCACUUCCUUUUAGAGAGCUCAAUCUCUUGAAGGAUCAAAAACGAAGCCUGGUGGAGCUUCUUCACUUCUUUUUGAUAGAGAUAAAUGAAAUAAAUAUUUCCAGUCUGGACAAAGUUCUGUUCAUUUUUGAUGGUUUGGAUGAGUGUCGUUUCCCUCUGGAUUUCCAGAACACAGUGAGAGUGUGUGAUGUAACUAAACCAGCAUCAGUAGAUGUUCUGCUGAUAAACCUGAUCAAAGGAAACCUGCUUCCCUCUGCUCUCAUCUGGAUCACCUCCAGACCAGCAGCAGCUGAUCAAAUCCCCCCUAAGUGUGUAGAUCGAGUCACAGAGGUACGAGGGUUCAAUGACCCUCAGAAGGAGGAAUAUUUCAGGAAGAGGAUCAGUGAUCAGGACCUGAGCAGCAGAAUCAUCACACACCUGAAGUCAUUAAGAAGCCUCUACAUCAUGUGCCACAUCCCAGUGUUCUGCUGGAUUUCAGCCAUUGUUCUAGAGAGAAUGUUGGGUGAAGCAGAGAGUGGAGAGAUCCCCAAGACUCUGACUCAAAUGUACACACACUUCCUCAUCAUUCAGACCAACUUUAUAAAGAAAAAGUACACAAAGAGCCAAGAGGCAGAUAAAGAAAUGGUUCUGAAACUGGGGAAACUGGCUUUUCAGCAGCUGAUGAAGGGCAACCUGAUCUUCUAUGAGGAAGACCUGAUGGAGUGUGGCAUUGAUGUGACAGAAGCAUCAGUGUAUUCAGGUGUGUGUACAGAGAUCUUUGGAGAGGAGUUUGUGUUUCACCAGAAUAAAGUUUACUGCUUUGUUCAUUUGAGCAUUCAGGAACAUCUCGCAGCUCUGUAUGUGCAAAUGACAUUUAUGAAUGAAAAGAAGAAUGUUCUUCAACAGAGUAUGUUCUCUAAACUGUUAGCGCUACUUAAUGGGGUGACAAUCUUGGAUGUACACAAGAGUGCUGUAGAUCAGGCUCUACAGAGAAAAAAUGGACAUCUGGAUCUUUUCCUUCGCUUUCUUCUGGGUCUCUCACUGGAGUCCAAUCAGAUCCUCUUAAAAACCCUAGUAACACCAACAGAAAGUAGUUCUUACAGAAAGCAGAAUACAGUAAAUUACAUUAAGUUGAAGAUCAGAGAAAAUCCCUCAACAGAGAAAUUUAUCAAUCUCUUUCACUGUCUGAAUGAACUGGAAGAUCAUUCUCUAGUUGAGGAAAUCCAACAGUACCUGCAAUCAGGAAAUUUACAACAAAGUGAACUUUCUCAUUCUCAAUGGUCUGCUCUGGUGUUUGUGUUACUGAAAUCAGUUCAAGAACAGGAUGUGUUUGUUCUUAAUAAAUAUACCAACAAACACUGUGCAUCAGAUGAUGUUCUUCUAAAGCUCCUGCCUGUGGUUUCUGCAUCCAGAAAAGCUGAGUUUAAUAACUAUUACCUAAAUGAAAAAAGUUGUGCAGCUUUGGCCCAAGUGCUCAGCUCUGAAUCCUCCAUACUAAAAGAACUCUAUCUAUCAGAGAGUAAACUCAAAAACUCUGGAGUGAAGUGUCUCUCAGAGGGACUGGGGAAUCCUCACUGUAAACUGGAGACACUGAGGUUGUGUGGUUGUGGUGUGUCAGAUGAAGGCUGUGCUGCACUGAAUUCAGCUUUGAUUUCAAACCCCUCACACCUGAGAGAACUGGAUCUGUCUAGGAAUAACAUCAGAGACUCAGGAGUAAAGUGUCUCUCUGCUGUACUAGAGAAUCCUUACCAUAAACUCAAGACACUGAGGUUGUGUGAUUGUGAGAUCUCAGAUGAAGGUUGUGCUGCUCUGACUUCAGCUCUGAAAUCAAACCCCUCAUACCUGAGAGAACUGGAUCUGUCAUGGAAUAAUAUCAAAAACUCGGGAGUGAAGUGUCUCUCUGCUGUACUGGAGAAUCCUCACUGUAAGCUGGAAACAUUGAGGUUGUGUGAUUGUGGUGUAUCAGAUGAAGGUUGUGCUGUUCUGGCUUCAGCUCUGAGAUCAAACCCCUCACAUCUGAGAGAUCUAAAACUGUCCUGGAAUUACCUCAGAGGCUCAGGAGUGAAGUGUCUCUCUGCUCUACUAGAGAAUCCUCACUGUAAACUGGAGAUACUGAGGUUGGAUCAUUGUGGUGUCUCAGAUGAAGACUGUGCUGCUCUGAGUUUAGCACUAAGGUCAAACCCCUUUCACCUAAAAGAGCUGGAUUUGUCUUGGAAUACCAUCAGAGGUGCAGGAGUGAAGUGUCUCUCUGCUGCACUGAAGAAUCCUCACUGUAAACUAGAGACACUUAGGUUGUGUAAUUCUGAUGUCAUAAAUGAAGGCUGUGCUGCUUUGACUUCAGCUCUGAGAUCAAACCCCUCACACCUGAGAGAACUGAAUCUGUCUGGAAAUAAGUUCAAAGACUCAGAAGUGAAGUCUCUUUUUGCUGUACUGGAAAUUUCUCACUGUAAAUUGCAGAUUCUGAGGUUGUGUGAUUGUGAUGUUUCAAAUAAAGACUGCGGUGUUCUGACUUCAGCUCUGAGAUCAAACCCCUCAUACAUGAGAGAACUGGAUCUGUCUAAUAAUAAACUCGGAGACUCAGGAGUGAAGCGUUUCUCUGCUGUACUGGCAAAUCCUAAAUGUAAACUGGAGACGCUGAGGUUGUGUGGUUGUGGUGUCUCAGAUGAAGGUUGUGCUGCUCUGACUUUAGCUCUGAAAUCAAACCCCUCACACCUGAGAGAACUGGAUCUGUCUGAGAAUAAACUUGGACCCUCUAGUGUGACGCAUCUCUUUGCUGUACUGGAGAAUCUUCACUGUAACCUGCAGACACUGAGGUUGAGUGAUUGUGAGAUCUCAAAUGAAGGCUGUGCAACUCUGACUUCAGCUCUGAGAUCAAACCCCUCACACCUCAGAGAACUGGAUCUGUCAAGGAAUAACAUCAGAAACUCAGGAGUUAAGAAUCUCUCUGCUGUACUGGAGAAUCCUCAAUGUAAACUGGAGAUACUGAGGUUAUCUGGUUGUGAUGUCUCAGAUGAAGGCUGUGGUACUCUAAAUUCAGCUCUCAGCUCAAACCCCUCACACCUGAGAGAACUGGAUCUGUCUUGGAAUAAAAUCAGAGACUCAGGAGUGAAGUGUCUCUCUGCUGUACUGGAGAAUCCUGACUGUUAUCUGCAGACACUGAGGUUGUGUGAUUGUGAUGUGUCAGAUGAAGGUUGUUCUGCUCUGACUUCAGCUCUGAGAUCAAACCCCUCACACCUGAGAGAACUGGAUCUGUCUAGGAAUGAAACCAGAGACUCAGGAGUGAAGUGUCUCUCUGCUGUACUGGAGAAUCCUCACUGUAAACUCAAGACACUGAGGUUGUGGUAUUGUGGCAUCUCAGAUGAAGGUUGUGUUACUUUGACUUCAGCUCUGAAAUCAAACCCCUCGUAUUUAAGAGAACUGGAUCUGUCUCGGAAUAAAAUUAAAGACUCAGGAGUGAAAUAUCUCUCAGCUGUACUAGAGACUCCUUACUGUAAACUGGAGACACUGAGGUUGUGUGGAUGUGACCUCUCAGAUGAAGGUUGUGCUGCUUUGAAUUCAGCUCUGAAAUCAAAUCUUACCAACCUGAAAGAACUGGAUCUGACUGAGAAUAAACUAGGAGACUCAGAGAAGAAGCAGCUCUUCGGUCUUAAACUACAGAAUUUGAGGUUGUGAAGGAUUUUCACCUGAUGCAGAACCCAGAUAAGGCAUUUGACUGAAAUGUGGCUUUUUCAUAAGCACAAUAUCUACACUUUUUUUCCCCUCACAUUGUACAAUGACCUGAAUAUAAUUGUAUAUAUAUCCCAACUCCUGCUGCAGAAAACAUGCCCCAAACCAUGACACUUCCUCCUCCACUUUUCACUGACUUCU